AUGCCGCCCAAGAAAGGAUCCAGCAAAGCCAGCAAGCCGGCGCCCACGGCCGAGGAUCAGCCUGAGAUUCGGCAAAAGCCCGAAAAGUUGGCUGAUGUAUUCAAGAGGGGCAAUGCUCUUCGGAAGCUACGCUCGGCAGCCAGGGAUGCUUCUGAAGACUUUUCAGAGGAUACCUUGUUGCUUGAGGAUGGUAGCUGUGACAUAACGCUUGGAAGUCUGAUGGAAUCAGAGGGUUUGAGCAAGAAGGAGGCCAUCAAGGUAAUGCUCCAGUUCCGUCUAGACAGUGGGGGUGAGGAAAAGAAACCCGCCUCGAACAAAGGCUGGACCCUCCCGCCUGCAUCGAAGCCUGCUAAGAAAAGCAAAGAGCCCGAGGCCAAGGAUUGCUAUGAAGCCAAAGCCCUGAGCCUCAUGCCCUCAAAGACCAAAGAUGGGAAAAAGACCUCCGAAGUGGAAGACCCGCCAGAGGAAGACAGCAACAACAGCAACAAGGCAGCAACCGAAACGAAGGCGACCGCCAAAAUGAAGCGCAAAGAGUUGUCUGUGCACAUGGAUGAAGCAAAUCAGGGGAGGAACAGCUCCGAGGCCCCAGACAAGAAGAAGAAGAAGAUGGCAGAGGAGACCUUGGAUGACCCAGACAGUAGCACCACGAAGAAUCCCGAAGUGGUAGAGGAAGCCGAGAACCCAGAGACCAAGAACCAGAAGAAGCCCGAAGCGGUAGAGGAGGCCAAGAUCCCAAAGACUAGGAUGAAGAAGAAGACCUGUGUGGUAGAGGAGGCCAAGGACCCAAAGACUAGCAAGAAGAAGAAGACCGAAGCAGUAGAGGAGGCCAAGGACCCAAAGACCAGCAAGAAGAAGAAAACCGAAGCGGUAGAGGAGGCCAAGAACCCAAAGACCAACAAGAAGAAGAAGGGCACUGAAGAGGUAGAGGAGGUGGAAGGCGAGGUCAUCGAAACAGUUGCUGCUCCCCCGGCAAAGAAGAGCAAGAGGAAGGCCAAUCACGAGGUGGAGGAUCAUGAGUGCACGGGUGAUGACAUGCAGGAUGAUCAUGCAAAGGAUCCCCCCGCUGAGCCCAAGAGCAAGGGUGCCAAGGAGGCACAAUCCAGAGAACAGGAAGUGGAGGAAAUGGUGGAGGAGAUGCUUGCGCUCAUGGAUGCAAAGGUUCCCCCCGCUGAGGCCAAGGGUGCCAAGAAGGCAAAGUCCAAAGAUCACGUGGAGGAGGAGCAUGAGCGCAUGGGUGAUGACAUGCAGGAUGAUCAUGCAAAGGAGCCCCCCAUUGAGCCCAAGAUCAAGGGUGCCAAGAAGGCGAAGUCCAAAGAUCAGGGUGCCGAUCCAUCCCAGCCCGCCCCAGCAUCAGUGAAGGCAAGUGAAUCCAAGCCUGGCAACCUAGCCCUGAAAAACCGUCCCAAGCGUGGGGAGAGCCGAUGGUCUUGUGCGAGUCUCGAGAUGGGACAAGAGCAGCUGCUUUCCGAGAAGCAGAGCCGCGGCUGGACCUCCGAGACCGAUUCUGUCUCCGGCGGCCAGAGCCAAAUCAGUGAGAUUCUGGAAUCGUUGGGGGCCUCGGCCUCGCAAGUGACCUCUUCUGGGGAUUACUCUGCAGUCCUGCAGAUGGUGAACAAGCUGCAAGAGCAGCUCAAGCUUGUGCAAUCCGAGGUGGCUAAGAAGCCAGAGCCACCGCAGCCCGCAGAGGAGCCCACCGAAGAUGUCGCCGAUGAUGAUGAUGGUGCCUGGGAGGAGUGGGAUGAGCAGGAGGUUGAGGCUCCCGAGCCAAAGAAAAGACCAUCGUUGUCUCCGAGUGAGGAGGAAGCUUGUGGAGCUGCCUAUUGGGCAGGGGAUGAUGAGGAGCAUCAUGAGCAGGAAGGUGAUGAAAAGGAAGAGGAGGAGGGUGAUGAACAGGAAGGGGAGGAGGAUGAUGAACAGGAAGAGGAGGAGGGUGAUGAAAAGGAAGGGGAGGACGAUGAAAAGGAACAGGAGGAGGGUCAUGAUAUGGAUCAAAAGGAGGGAAUGGAUGAGGAAAUGGAGCAGGCGACUGAGGGAGAGGAUCGGCAGUUGGAGAAUCAUGAGAAGAAGGUUGAACCCUCCACCCGCGCAGUCGCUACACCGGCUCGUGCAGCCGCCGCCCUGCAAAACCUGCACCGUUUGGCUUCCACAAGCUCCUUGAAAGCCCCGUCCACCGAAGCAACCCAGCCCGACACCGUUGCUGCACCGCCAGCUGCAGUUGUGGUGAACUCUACGACGCACAAGAAAGAGUACAUGGCUUGUGAAUCCUCCAUCCGCAUGUCCAAGAAGAGUGUCUUGGAGGGAAAGCGGAGCAUGGAAUUGGUAGCGGUAAAGGACAUGCCGCUUCCACCGUAUCGGUUUUCCAAGCCCAAGAUCGAUGCUAUCGUGUCCCGGGGGGGCGGCGUCCCCGAUCGGGACGCCCCCCACGUUUUGGAGGAGACAAAAUUCUGGGUGACCACGUGUGAACAGAAGGUGGACUCGUCAGCUGUCUCGUACGAGGAAGAAAUGACAGUUCACACACGUGCCACGGCGGCAACGGCAUCGAGAAUCAUGGAUGGUGUGGUGGAACCCGGACUACACGCGAAGCGCACGCCCCCUUCGGCUUCUCCUCUCAGCUCCGAUGUUCUUCGUGCGUAUGACAGCUACAAUACAAAGCUUUCGGAGGCUGUGGGCACUGCUGGGCAAUCCGCGGCCGGUGACUUGCUACGAUAA